AUGGCUGAUUGCACCAGUAGAAGUACGGCUGAAAAGGUUUGCAUCAUCGGUGGUGGCGUAUCGGGUCUCGUCACACUGAGGACUCUUCUUGCAGAAGGGUUUGAUGUCACUUUGCUUGAAGCACGGAGUAGGGUCGGUGGGGUCUGGGCUACGGGUUACGUCGGUCAAGGGGCUCAGUCGCCCAGUUGGUUUUAUGAGUUCAGCGAGUUCCCAGUGGGAGAUCGUUAUCCCCUUUUUAUGAAAAAAGAGGAUCUCUGUAGCUACAUCGAUGAUUAUGUAUCGCACUUUGAGCUCGCCUCGUAUAUCCACUGCAACGUCGUCGUGACACAUCUCCACAAUGUCAACGACAAGGCGUGGCGAGUUGUCCCAGAAGGAACGUAUGAGCGUAUUGCAACAGGAGAAAUCCGUGCGAAGCAGGCCACUAUCGAGGAGUUCACCAAAGAGGGCAUCCUGCUCAGCACUGGGGAGCAAAUUGCAUGCGAUGCAGUCGUACUCGGCACCGGCUUUGAAGCGGCAAUGGAGAUCUUGCCUGUAGAAUGCAGGAAUAGUCUGAUCUGUGAUAACGGAGAGGGUCCAUGGCUGUAUCGUCAUAUUGUCCACCCAGAGUAUAUGCAUCUAGGCUUCGUUGGCUGGGCUUCUACUAACAUCAGUAUCAGUACUUCUACUCUGCAAGCCCUUUGGCUAGCUGGAUUCUGGAGGGGUAGAAUCUCCCCGUCAAUGCAAGAUAUGAAGUGCGACAUUGCGAAGUACCGUAAGUGGGCGCUCGAGCAUAUCCCUCCAACACCGCAGCGGCCCUGCACUACGUUCCUCUACAUAGAUCUAUAUCACGAUCAACUAGUCGAGGACUUGGGAGUCAGCAAGUACCUCCACGGUGGUAUUUUUGAUGACUUCAAACUCUAUUACCCGGCUACGUACCGCCCCUUGGUUGUUGCAGAGGAGAACUCCUCGAGAAGAACUGUGAUUGAUUGCGGAUUCAAUUUGGAUGGUUUAACCAAAAAGCAACACAUGACAAUCGGCCGAAGCAACCCCGUCAUUCGACGCGCCGCAGAUGACGUGAUCAUCCCGUCUGAGGUCAAAGCUUCUGAAGAAACAGCUUUGCUUCUGUUAAAGGACCUGUUGGUGGACACCAUUGCGCAAUAUCCCCUUCACGAGAGUAUGCCGGAUGUGUUUGGCCUCAUGCGACUGCUCAUGUUCCUAAGAGUAGCUAAAAAUGAUGCUCACAUAGCAGCGAAGCGAUUCAAAGAAUUCCUCGCUUGGCGGCAGAUGAGGAAAGUAGAUGAAAUCAGGAAGAACAUUCUCGAGAAAAAGUUGACUUUCGAUGACAUUCCGCACAUCGACAAGGUCACUUAUUAUCUCCCUUUUAAUCCGUGCCUAAGAGAUGCUGUUGGUGAACCCUUGCGUGCUAAGGACGGCUCCUUCAUUUACUGUGAAAGGCUGGGAAUGAUCGAGACCAACGGUUUCAUCGCCGAAGUCAGUGAUGAUGAAUUCAUGGAAAUGUUCAUUUAUCUCAGCGAGCUCGGGCAGCUCCUCAUCCACGACGUUUACGAGCGCACGAAGGAGCUGUCUUCCUUCAUUCUGGUCAUAGACGUUGGUGGAGCACCUACGGCCUCCUGGGCUAACCCGAAGCUCUGCAAAGCUGUUGUGAAUAGGAUGGGGUCCGCGGGGAAGUUGCGGGAGAGCUACUACCCUGGUCAGGUCAGUAAAGUGUGCUUCCUGAAUGCCCCAUGGAUAUUCGAUACAUUCUUCAAGUUGCUGAGGUCCUUCCUAUCUAAAGCCAGUCUAUCAAAGGUGACUAUAUGUCGUCCCGGAGAGCAGACAAUUAUGUCAUUGGUUGACCCGAUGAAUAUCCCUGCGUUCUUGGGGGGUUCUUGUGAGAGUCCACUGGGCCAGGUGCCGGAGACUGGUCGCCUGCUCAACGACAGAUUCGGCUUGGGAACAGGAGGAGCAGUGGAGACUGUAACUAUCGCCAAGGGUGAGAGCCUCCGGAUCCCCCUGACCGCUGUGAAGAAGGGCGACGUCGUCUCCUGGGCGUUCGGCGUUGAGGCACAGGAGAUACUCUUCGGAGUAGAGAUACAGACACUGAAAGAUGGCGAGAUGACUUCCGAGUAA